CUUUUGUUCCCCGACUUUUUCUUCUGAUUACCGUAAUACUGUUCAUCACAAUUACACAACUUAAUGAAUCACUGAAUGCUGCUUUGUAUGAAAAAAAGCAAAUCUUAUUCUCCCAUCAUCCAUUGCGAGACAGGAAGUACUCUCUGCUUUUGGCGCGGUCUUGAGAGCGGCGUCGGACAUCUUGGGAUCACAUCACUGUUUCGGACAACUCUUUUAGAACAGUGCAUGAAUAUAGGAAUCAUUGAUUUGAUUUUUGCAAAUUGACAAGAGAAACGUUUUUGCGUUUUUAUUUGACGAAGACACAAAAUACGUUUGUUUUUAUUUUGCUCACUGAGUGAAUAAGCAGACUCAACUGUCGAUAGAACCGUUAUGGCGACAGCUACUCCAAGCCGUGAAGCUGGUCGGUCGAUGGCCUCGACACCUCUUUCUCCGACCAGAAUCUCUCGUUUGCAAGAGAAGCAAGAUUUGCAGCACCUGAACGACAGGCUCGCCGUAUAUAUAGACCGUGUGCGUUCACUAGAACUCGAGAAUGACCGGCUGAUGGUCAAAGUGUCUGAGAAAGAGGAAGUGACUACUAGAGAGGUGACAGGCGUAAAGGCUUUGUAUGAGGCAGAGUUAGCUGAUGCUCGACGAGUUUUAGAUGAAACUGCUAAAGAGAGAGCCAGGCUCCAGAUAGACCUCGGCAAGGCUCAGGCUGAGCUGGAUGAAGCCACACGCAGUGCCAAGAAGAAGGAUAGUGAUCUUGCUUCAGCGGUAUCCCGGGCCUCUGCUUUGGAAGGCCAGCUGAACAAGAAUGAAGCAGCUCUUUCUACAGCUCUAAGUCAGAAUGCUGCUCUGAUGUCCGAGCUGGCUGAUGUCAAGAACCUACUGGCUAAAGCAGAAGACAGCCAUGCUGUUGCUAAGCGCCAGCUGGAGGCAGAGACACUCAUGCGUGUAGAUUUGGAGAACCGCUGUCAGUCCCUGAGUGAAGACCUAGAGUUCAGGAAGAGCAUGUUUGAAGAGGAGGUGCGUGACUCUCGGCGUCGACAGGAGCAGAGAAUAGUGGAGGUAGACUCUGGAGUCAGACAGGACUAUGAGUUCAAACUGGCACAAGCUCUGCAGGACUUAAGGAGGCAACAUGAUGAGCAAGUCUGUCUUUAUAAGGAAGAACUAGAGCACACCUUCCAGGCCAAGUUGGAUAAUGCCAAGAUGUCCUCAGAGAUUAAUGACAAGGCAAUGAGCACAGUCAGGGAGGAGCUGCAGGAGUCCCGUAUCAGAAUAGAAAACCUUGGAUAUCAACUGAAUGCCUUGCAGAAACAGUUGGCUACCUCAGAGGAUCGUAUUAGAGAGCUGGAAGAAAUUCUGUCAGCAGAGCGAGACAAGCACCACCGUGACAUCGAAGGAAAAGAACAAGAGAUGAGUGAACUGAGAGACAGAAUGAACGCUCAGCUCAGUGAAUAUCAGGAACUGCUGGACGUGAAGCUUGCCCUAGAUAUGGAGAUCAAUGCAUACAGGAAACUGCUGGAGGGAGAGGAGCACAGGCUGAAGCUUUCCCCUAGCUCAUCACCUCGAGUCACUGUUUCCAGGAUAACAGGAUCUUCCUCCUCCCGCACCUCUAAACGGAAGAGAGUGGAUGUGGAAUCUAAGAAUCUGCCAGUGGUAGGAAGAGGAGAGGGGCAGAUGCUGGUGUCAGAGGAGGCCACAGCUAGCGGAGCAGUCACAAUAUCACCCACUAACAUGGAUGGAAAUGCAGUCACACUGGCCAAUGAUACAGAGCAGGAUCAGCCUUUGGGCAACUGGAGGUUGAAGAGACAGGUUGACAAUGGGGAAGAAGUAAUCUAUAAGUUCUCCCCGAAGUUUGUCCUCAAGGCUGGACAGUCAGUCACGGUGUGGUCUGCUGAUGCUGGUGUGGCCCACAGUCCACCAUCUGACUUGUUGUGGAAAAGCCAGGCUUCCUGGGGCACAGGAAAUGACAUAGUUACCUCUUUGUUCAAUGCUGACGGCGAGGAAGUGGCCAGAAGGACUGUAACCAAAACUCAAGUUGAGGUUGAGAAUGGAGAGGAAGAAGAGGAAGUGGUACAAACGGGCAAGAUGUCAUCCAGGGAAUGUAUCGUCAUGUGAAAUCAUCCUGUUUUAUUGAUAGCUUUGACUUAGUCACAUUUGUUUCCCUCUAGAGCCACUCAAAUGUGAUCUUAUCCAUUGUCUCUUCAUAUGGUGUUUUUAUUGUUAAGAUAAGAACCUUUGGACCCAUUUUCAUGAAUCAUUUCCGUAAAUAUGACUAACGGUGCCAGUAUCUGUGGAUCAUGCAAAGAUAAUGGAUCCAAACUCUCCAGCUGUGGUGUUGGAGCUGAAUACUCCCACCUCUAUUAAUACUAAUCUAUAUAUAUAUUAAUGAUUCUUUCCAUGGGCUGUUUUUCCAUUCUUCCACUAUAAGCAUUUUGAUUUCAUUCUUUAUAACCAGCACAACACAAUGUAUAGUGCAGGGGUCUCCAACCUUUUACUGCGAGAGCUACUUUGACAAAAAUGAAAGUGGCUGACAGCUACUUGUUUUAUAUUAAGACACUAAUUACAUUUUGCAUAUAUAUAUAUUAUAACUUUCAAACAGAUCUCCAAACCAACUGAAUAAGGUAAUUGUGUAACCAGUUAUCUAAUAUUAAGUCAAUUUUUGUAUCAAACAUCAGUCAUCACAUCAGAUUGAAGCUCACAUGCACCUCCUUUCACAAAUCAAAACCUUAAAUAGAUUGCAUGUAGGCUACGGCUCACUAUGCCAUCUGCAUUCAUGUGUUGUAAAAACAAAGGGAAGUUGGUUGUUGUAUUUCAGGCUC